GUUGUGGACUGUGAUAUUGCGAUAUUGCAUAUAAUGCCGACUCAGAGCAACCAGCAAGGACUUAGUUUGUUAUUGCUUGUAUAUUUUUGAACUUAAUAGUUUUUCUGUGAUAUCCUUCAGCCAGCUUCACCGACAACUUUAGGGAUGGAAAUGGCGAUAUUUGCUGUGAGGCUAAGCAGAGAAAGGAAGGAACUGUCUCAAGUUGAGAUUAUGGGGAAAUUUGCCGGUGCUGUUGGAAACUACAAUGCUCAUCUUUCUGCAUACUCCGAUGUUAAUUGGCCUCACAUUGCACAACAGUUUGUACUGUCUCUUGGAUUACGUUUUAAUCCUUAUGUUGCCCAGAUUGAAACUCAUGACUACAUGGCCAAGAUUUUUCAUUCAUUCAUCCAAUUCAACAAUAUAUUAAUCGACUUUGAUAGAGAUGAAUGGGGCUAUAUGUCUUUGGGCUACUUUAAGCAGACAACUAAGGCCGGGGAGAUUGGGUCAUCAACUAUGCCUCACAAAGUGAAUCCCAUUGAUUUUGAGAACAGCGAAGGCAAUUUAGGCGUGGCUAAUGGAGGUUUUUCUCAUCUAAGCAUGAAGUUACCGAUUUCACGUUGGCAGGCAAGUUAGUGUUUUUUUGUUUUGUAGAGAGAUUUGACUGAUUCAACUGUCUUAAGGAACAUGGGUGUCAAUUUUGGUUAUUCUCUUCUUGCAUAUAGAAGCACACUUCAAGGAAUUGGGAAGCUUCAGGUCAACGAAUCUCGCUUGAGCGAAGAUUUGAACCAGUGCUGGGAGGUACUUGCUGAACCAAUACAAACGGUUAUGCGAAGAUACAGUGUUCCCGAGCCUUAUGAGAAGUUAAAAGAGCUGACUAGAGGGAAAGCAAUUACCAAAGAAUGCUUAAGAGACUUCAUUGAAGGCUUAGAUAUUCCACAAAAUGCAAAGACCUAUCUCUUAAAGUUAACACCGCAUACUUACGUUGGAACCACCGUUGAAUUGGCCAGAACGGUUGAACACCAAGUGAAUAAUAUUUUGAAUGGAGCAAUCUAGGAAACAGGUGGUUUGAACCUGAAACAGUUUCAGAGGUUUCGAUUAGUUAAUGAGAUUACUUUACUGCUGCGAAUGCAAUUUUUCGACCUGAUUCUCGCCAUUGAUUAUUAUUGGUUGGCAAAUGAACCUUCUGAUAACUUGUUUUAUUUAUGAAAAAGAAAAUAGAGAGAA